UUCAGUAGUAGUUCGGUUUUCAAUUUUUUUUAAUCGCAGUUUUUAGUUUCAAUUAUAUUUCGGUUAACUUUUUUUUGCUAUUUUGAGUAGUUCAUUUCAAAAUUUUGUUAACAAAAAAAGUUUCUUUUUAUGAAAAAAUUAACUAACCGAAAACUGAAUUUUUUUUAUAAACCUGUCAAAUUAAACCAAACUCAUUAUCGAACUAAUUGACAGAAAUUUAGGUUCCGUUAGUUAAAAACCGCUGGCCUAUCAUAUCAAUAAAUGUAAAAUAUUCCAUUUUUCUCUAAUCCCAUUUACAUACCAUUAUUGACCAAGUCAUGCAACUGUAUAGUAAUAAUACUGCAACAGAUAACAAGUUUUACAAAUGAAAUAGUUAAUAUAAAAUCUCUUCUCUGAAACCUUAUGUAAUGACAAAUAAAAAAAGAACAAACAAAAACAGAAAACGUUAUGUUACAUAUAAGUGUUUGUUACAUGUUUGGCAUUAGAAGAAGAAGGCAUAAAAGCAAGAACCAUAAGCAGAAACAUAAUCCCAAUAGGAAUGAGAAGUAGCAUAAAGGGAGGAGGAGGCAAUGGUGGAAGAAUCAAGGGAAGGAUCAAGAGAGAUGCUGUGAGACCAACAAGAACAACCACUGACUCUAAACUGAAGUAACUCGCCGUUACUAGCUUCCUCGGUUUGCUGCCCUGAGAAGAAGUCCGGAUAUAUUCUUGCUUACUCAUCAUAGGAGCUUGAGCUGAUCCACGAAAACUCAUGUCUUUUCGGUUAUCUCUUGUCGUAUCCAUGAUUUUCUUGUUGGUCCAAGAAUGGUGUUGAGAGAAACGGUUCAAUUUGUCUUGAUCUGUAUCUUGAGUUCUUUCAGCUAAACUCCUUCAGCGAGAAGAAGAAGAUGAUUUAACGUUAGAGAGACUUUGAAACCUUUCGUUGUAAAGAAAAUACAGAAGAAGUAACAAAGUUGGUGAUAUAGAGUUUGGUAUAUAAAAGCUGGUAAGAAGAUAUAAAAGUGAAGAAGAAGACAAGUAGCUAUACAAAGAAAGGAAAAAAAUAAAUAAUCUCUUUUGGGGUUAGACUCUUGUGGAAUUAGAGAAGAAACAAGAAAGAGAGCAAGGUUCAGUGAAUUUACAGGUUUUUUUUAGGCUAUGAUAAUGUUUAUAUAGGACUAAUAUUUUUUUUAAUUUUCUCUUUGGGGGGUGACAAGUGUGACAAGCAAGUUGUUUGCUGAUUCUGGAAGGUAGGCAUGCAAAACUAGAAUACUUGGCUUCUCUCUCUAUCAAAAGGUUGGUUCUUCUCCCCUAGGCACUUUAUCUCUCUUGACGUAGGCUGGAAUUUAUUUGAGGUAAGCCCCUGUUUGAAGUGGAGGUUUGUGUUUUUCUUUUUAGAUUUGUUUUGAGGAAUAUUCUAUGGUGGUUUAAUUAAAAUGAAUGUAUAAUUCGUCUAUUGUAGACUUGUAGUUAUGUUUCUUUUUUUACUUAUUAAUUAAUCUCGUAUUAUUUAUGAAAUUUAUAGUAAAUAAAACAUUAACCACUUGAUGUUUUAAAACAAACAAAAAAAAUCUAAAUCUUUUCUUUGUUACAGAUGACUUUGAAAUGUGAUGGCGUUAUUUAUGGCUUGGUUGACAUUGACAUGAUCCUGAUAACACACAGCAAUUAGCCACUAAAAUGCUUGAAACAUAUAAUUAAAGAUUGUUAGCUAUUAAAACGUUUGAAAGUAAUCACUAAAUCUGUGUACUAUAUGCAUUGUUUAUUACAGUAAUAUUAUUAUCAUUCAGGGUUGUGAUACUAUGGACGGAAAAAUAAAACGUACAAAGUAAAGAUUCGAAUUCAUCUAUUCAUCUGCACUAGAGGUGGAUUCAAGUGAUAACAAUGAUUAAUAUAUUGAAUGUAGUGAAUUUGCCCAUUUAAAUUUUACAAAUAUAUACACAAAUAGUAAUUUGUAUAUAUAAACUGUAUAGUUAUAUUUUCUAUCUAAUAAUAAUGUUGUUUAUAUGUUUAUCGACCAAUUAGAAGCCAUAAUGUUACUCUUCUAUUCAGUAUUUCGUGUGGUGUUUUACAAAAAAAAAAAAGAGAGUAUUUCGUGUGGUGGAUAUAUCAUAUAAUAGUGUGUUCCUAGUGGGACAGUUGGUCCAAUAUUUAUUUUUCUUUGGUUUUAGUGUUUUUUAAAUUCUAAUCGCUGUUGUCAAAAAAAAAAUCGUUACGAUAUUAUCUUCUUUCUAUGCCCAUAUAUUUUUGCAAAAUAUUAGUAAUAGUUAAAAGCAAUGCUAAUUUCUGCGUUUUACAUGAUACAUUUGGUUGCGUGAUUAAUGAGGGACAUGAUGUUUCCGUAAGCAGCUCGUGUUUGGCCUUUCGGGUAUUAACCAAUUGACAGGUUACCAACACAUUGCUUAUUUAUCUAACUAAAUUCAGUGAAUCACAUAUAGUAUAUGACAACAAGACCUAACUAUUUUACCAAAAAAAAACAAGACCUAACUAAAUUACAUCAUUAAUUAAGAACUUACAUCCCCUUCAUAAAUAAAAGCAAAACUUUACAACGAGACACUGAUAAAGAGAUGAUGCAUGCAGGACUGGAUGCAUGCAUACUUGAAAUCUUACGAUAAAAAAAGAUAUUACGAGUCAGUUUUAAAAAAAAAGAUAUUACGAGUGGCAAAAUAUAAUAGUGGAUAUUUUUCCGACACUAAAGGAUAUUCAACUUAUCUUUUUUUUUUUUGCUAAAAAAGUGAUUAAACUCGGAUUUAUUAAAGACACAGACCUAACUUCCGGAUAAAAGGUAUAGUCCACGGAUAGAUCUUUUUCCGGAUAUUCAAAUGGGCCGAAAUGCAGUAUCUCAUAUCCGUGUAGGAUGAUCAAGAAAAUAUGACUUAGUUUCGCAUAGCAGAUAGAUCAAACUUGAAAUGUGGUGACAUUCCAAACCCUUUCGUCUUACCACUUGACCACAAACUCCAGGUCAUAGUCAACUUAUCUUACAGGAAAAAAAACUUAUCUUGCGGAUAUGUACUUGAUGCUAAAGUUAGGAUCGAUGCUAUACAUUUGAGUAGUUGACUAGUUGUGUAGAGAGAUCAAACGCAAUCUCUUUUUUUUUUGGCAGCCGAGCUCAAUUUCUUAAUUAUCCUGAUCAAAAAAAAGAUUUUGUUUGUAGGCAAAACCAAGAAAGAUAUAUAUAUAUAUAUAUAUAUAUAUAUCUUUUUAUAGGUGAACAAAAACAACAGUUUUAUUAUUUAUAGUAGGGUUUGUGGAUUCUAAUAGUAUUAUUAUAAUUUUUAAGAAAUUAGAAAACAAGUGUUACCAAAAAAAAUUAGAAAACAAAUAAAUGCUGGAAAGGGAAAGGUACAGAAAUGGCAACCCAUGCAUGAUUGCCUUGAACAUCGCAAACCCUUCCUCUAGAUUGCAUGUCUAGUGGUUGUGGACCAGUUGCAACAAUAUUCAACAAAAUAUAAUUACUUUAUUAUAACUAUAUUAUAUAAUUUGCAUAAUACAUAAGCAUUAGAGAAUAUUACGUUCAGAGUCACUUAUGUACUUAUUAAUGUCAACCCAAGUCACAUGUUUAUACAAGAGCAUUUUACCUUAAAGAUCUGUUAGGACUCAGCUUUUCUAGUUGACUCUCAACCAGGAAUCUCUUUAACUAUAAUAAUAAAUUGGCGGGCUUCAGUCUCAACCAUUGAUCUUUAAAAAACAUGGACGACCCAGAUUCAGCUAUCCAGAUCCAGACAAGACAUAUAUCUGCUUCCAUUUCAGACCCUUAGAUUUGUUGCUGUACUUUUCAUCACGGACGGCCCAGAUUAUUCUAAGUUUUCACCUCUUCUCAAUUUUCACCUCCGUCGUAAUUUCAACUUCUUACACCUCUCUCUCACCUGGAUUUACCUUCGUCGUUCACCGUUGUGGAACACAAAAUCAUCGCUAAUCCCUCACGUACAAGGUUUGUUUCUCUUUUAAAGUUGAUGAUUAACCCACUCUUACUACUAAUCAUGUUCGCCUUCUCCUCUUAUCCUUUUUGGUUCCAGCUGUCGUCCAUGGCGGAGCAUUGUAUGGUCAUCGCCGGCAAAUGGGAAACUUCUGCAGACAGCCACUGGAAUUUUUCCAUAGACAAACAGCACAUGACAAGGAUUGUUCCUCUUCGUAAUGGCAUACCCUUGACCGAAUUACUGAGCAAUGUAUUCAGGGAGUUCUUCGACAACUCCGAUGUCAUCCGCACCGCCGUUCUUAGUUAUUGGCCACCGAAUUCCAAGGAGCUUGCAACCGGUCUUACCACACCCCCAGUCAUGCUCACAACCGACGGGGCUGUCUCCUACUUUUACCAGCACUUUCAAGCUAACAAGGGAAUGAAUCUGUUUGUCACUUUCAAUAUCCAACCCCAACCCCAUCCGAUUAGUCAUGUUGAUGAGAAUCCUUUAUCUUUCACUACGCCCAACCAACCUCUCAAGAGGACCCACAGUCCUUAUUCUUCGUCUGCUCUGCGACAUCCUUCAACCGUUGGGUCUCAAAUACCAGGCUUCUCCCUUUUUACGGACGACGUCCUCAACCUAUCUCAGGGUUGUCUGCAUGUACACCCCCAGAACAGUCCCCAUGUACAUCCCCAGUCUAGUCCGCCUGUACGCCCCCCGAGUUGUCCGCCUGUACAUCGCCCUACAGCUGUCUCUCAUAUUCCAGGCUCCUCUGUUUCGACCCACGAUAACCUGGAUCAAGAAUUUCCUGUUGUGGAAGACUCUGGUCUGUCAAAAACAAAUCGCUACUCCCUCCUAGACGAAACCCUCUUCUGCCAAGAUGAGCUCCUUCAAAAAAUGUUCAAAGAAGACCCCAACAACAUACCCGAUAGCUGGGCAACCAACGAGGACGAAGAGGACGAAGACACUGCUUCUGAUGCUUCUCUUCCUGCUGAUAUUCCCGGUGUUCAAACCCGUGGGUAUGACCAAGACUUUUGGGCUCCUCUUAUUGGUAACCCCUUAGGUGGGUCUGAUGCGGCUGAGGUUAUGGCGGGUAUCGCAGUGCCCAAGACUGCACCCCAUAUCAUCCACUGCACAACUGGUGACGCUUUUGACCACACCGUCCUUGUCUCUGGCGAACUACCACCGUAUUGCAAACCGGAAGUUGGUUCAUCACAGCUUCCCGUACAUCCUCGUAGUUGUCCACCUGUACAACCUCGAAGUGUUCCAUCCAGAAUUCCCCAGAGUUGUCCACCCGUACGCCGUUCUUCCGCGUACACAAGUUCCGCUCGCACAUCCUACACUGACCCUCACCCGCCCCAUCCCCCCACCCCGACUCCGCGUGAAACCCGGCCCCUCUCAGAAAUAAGUGACGAGGAAUUUGAUGUUCCACCCCUAUUUGAUGAUACCUUGUUUGAAGCUGAAGACGUCCCAGACUUGGAUAUUGAUGAUGAUGAACCUUUUGUUGGGAAAUUGUAUGCAUCAAAGGAAGACUGUCAAAUUGGGCUCGCCAUCUACGCAAUCAAGGAGCAGUUUUAUUUCAGACAGACUAGAACGAGCAGGCAUUUUUUCGUCCUCAGUUGCCAUGACACUCGUUGUGAGUGGAGAAUACGUGCCAAAGAGCUCACCAGCUGCGGCUACUACACUAUUCAAAAGUGUCACCUCGACCAUACUUGUGAUACUGAGACUCGCAGGCUCUACAAGAAACGUGCUACCUCAAAGGUUUUAGCACAUAUCUAUCGCUCCAAAUACUGCGAUGUAGCUGAUGCACCCAAAGCUCUCCAGCUCCAGCAACUUGUUCUUCAAGAUUUGCGUGUCUCAGCUUCCUACAUGAAAUGCCAUCGGGCAAAAGGUGUUGCACUUGACAUUACACAUGGGAAUGCAGAGGACUCGUACCUCAACAUAGCAGGUUAUUUUGACAGGCUGAAAGCAACUAAUCCUGGGACAGUCACUGCCAUCGAAACUGAGCUUGAUGAUAACGGUGACACCCGUUUUCUGUACGCUUUCCUGUCUUUUGGAGCCUCAAUCCAAGGAUUCCGUCGCUUGCGUCCUGUCUUGAUUAUUGAUGGCACUCACCUAUCAGGCAAAUACAAAGGUGUACUCCUCACUGCAAGUGGGCAAGAUGGAAACUUCCAAGUCUUCCCUCUCGCCUUUGCUGUUGUUGAUGGUGAAACUGAAGAGGCUUGGACAUGGUUUCUAACCAAGUUGGAGAGGAUCAUAGCUGACUCAAACACCCUCACCAUCAUCUCUGAUCGCCAUGCCUCCAUCAUUAAAGCAAUUACUCUGACAUUCCCCAAGGCGCACCAUGGCUCCUGCAUUGUGCAUCUCAUGAGGAACGUUGUUUCCCGGUUCAAAAGCAAGGGUCUCGCCAAAAUGGUUUGUGAGGCUGCAUUCUCUUUCCGACGCUCUGAUUUUGAUGCUAACUUCAAAAAAAUUAAACAAGCUAGUGCACCUUGCUUUAAAUACCUUGAAGACAUUGGCACUGCAAAAUGGUCACGCACUUACUUUCCUGGAAACCGGUACAAUCUCCUCACCAGCAAUGUUGCCGAGCAGUUAAACAAGGCUAUUUCCAAAUCCAGACCCUCUCCCAUCGUUGAGAUGUUCAUGUUCAUCCAACGCAUGCUCACUCGGUGGUUCUCAGCUAGGAGGACAAAAUCAGCAAAACACAGGGGGUUUGUCACCCCCGAGGUUGAUAAAGUCAUGCAGACUCAUAUCAGACUCACCAAAGGCAGCAAGAUUUAUCCAGCCAAAGAAUGGACCUACUCUGUUAGAGGUCUUUUUGGUCACCCUAACACUGUCCACCUCGAUACUAAAGUCUGUACAUGUCAAGUGUUCCAAAAGCUAAAAAUACCAUGCGGACAUGCUAUGUUGGCUGCUGAUUCUAUCGGUCUCCCAUACACCCAACUAGUUGGUGAUUGCUACAAAACACAACAAUGGAUCGACACAUAUUCUGGUGUGAUCUUACCUGAGGCUCCCGUAGGCGACCAUCCUAUUCCCCCUGAUAUUGCCGAUGUCACCAUUAACCCACCAAAGACUCGCCGCCCAUCUGGUCGACCGAAGGAAAAUCGUAUACCUUCCACAGGGGAGGUUCAGACUCCCAAGAAACCAAAGCUCGUCCCCAACAAAUGUGGCCGCUGCGGUGGCACUGGCCAUAACCGCACUCGCUGUGUUGUUCCCAUCUGACAGUGGUGAAUCUUAUAUCCACAUAACCUCCCUUUUGGAUAGGGAAUUCACCUAGGAUCAGCUCCUUUUGUUUUUGCUCGGUACUUUUGAUUUGCAUGCCUGAACCUUUGAAACAUGUAUUGGCUUUUCCUUUUUGGUGGCUUAAAACGCCUAUGUUUCUGGAAAAAUGUUUAACUUAUAAUUAUCAUGUCCACAUGUACUGUUUCUCCCUAUCUGCUCUUAACAACUUACCUUCACAAAUCUGCCGUCUCUCUGUACAUCAAUUCCUCUUCACCCCUCCUAUAUAUGUACGGGAAUUCGCUGUACACAUUAUAAAACAUGUACAUGAAUGCAUUGCACACCCAUUUUGUUGUCACCCUUCUAAAUUCACGAUGACGUAGCAUAUCUCGUUUUGUGAACAUGGGUGUACACUCAUACCUUCAAAAAUAUACCGUCCAUCUGUACAGAAGAUGGGUGUACACUCAUUCCGUUGUAACCCUGCUACAUUCCAGGGUCACAGGGUAACGUACAUCUAUCGUUUUCUGCAGAUGGGUCUGCAAAUGUACAUCCCCGCUUACAACCAACACCCAUUACUUAAUAAUUAUUGUCCAUGCGUGCAUCUGCGUUUAUCGAGCAAAUAUUUUCUACAUCGGGCAUGUACACCUAUCCUGAACUGUACAACUUCCUUCAUCUCAAUCAAAACAUAGAAAUCUCCGAUGUACACCUAUUUUUAUGCGUACAACUUUGUUCAUCGGGCAUGUACACCAAUUCUGGUGUGUACAGAUGUACAACUUCGUUAAUCUCAAUCAAAACGUCGGAAAAAAACACACACCAUGCCUCUACAUUAGAGCACUUCUAAAUACAUAAGUUAUAGAGAUCUCCAAAACACAUUCCAAAAUACAAGUUUCAAGGCCAGAAGCCAACCGUACAAAUUCAACUUUUAAAUACAACGCAAAAUCAAACCCGUCCCCAAAUAUCAUACAUCGCCACCACCCAACAGAAAUACAUUCACCUACUUAGCUGUGUCACCCCCAAUGUACAAGGGUACUAUCCAAUCUCGGUACACAUCCAUAGCAUAUUGCUUCCUCAAAAUGUUAACCGCGUUGUCUGUUAGGUCUCCAACCCCUGGUUGCUCGACAGUUGUAGCACUCAAUUCCAAAAACUUCACAGCCACUGGUCCGCAAUCACCACUGCGUCUAUUCUGAUAGACAUUCUCCAUCCGCUCAACCGCAAACGGUUCCAGACCAUGCCCCAUCAGAAACUGAGCUGGACACACCUUCCGCACAAGAUAAGGUAACAUCUUAGCUAUUGGUAACAUUAUUACCAUCACCUCUUCCAUGCUCCUCAGACUGUGAUCUGAAUCAUACACCUGGACACUCCAAGUGCGGAUGUUUAUCGCCAAACCAACCCAGUGAUUUUGCCCCCAAAUCAUGGGCCCAUACACUGUGUCCACAUCCACACCGAGCUUCUUCCCCUCUUGCGUUAAAUAUCCUGCUAGCUUCGGAUCGGAGAAGACUCUGCCUUUGUACGUGGCCGCCUGAAACGACCUAGCUUUGCCUAGCAGAUGAUCUACAAACCAUGGAUCAACAAACAUGGCCCUUUUUUCCUUCAACAGCGCUCCAUGCCUCUCGCUUACAUAAUCUACCAACACUUCCAUAUGCUGCCGCCGAAAAAAAAAAAAGGUCACCAGUACGUCCCCCA